CGUUGUCAUUUAUUUUCUGAAACUGGGAGCAGUCAGAAUUUUUCGAUUGAGCAAAAAAAUGGCAUUUCACCAACUCCCAGUUUUGUGGUAAUCAAUGAUGCUGAUAGUAUUCAGGCUGUUACAAAGGAUGGAUUGAGGAAAUUUGAGAAUCUGGAGACUCUGAGUAAAAAAUAUGACCGAGUAAUUGGUCCACUAAUUUUUGGUAUUAUUGUGAGAUCUGUCUUCAUGAUUGUACACUCAGCAAAUUCUUUACUUUUCGCCGAGCCAGUAAUGGAAUCCAGAAAACAAGGCUUUAUCAAAGACGCAUUCGACGUUUUGAUGUUAAUCAUUGAGCUAAGUCAGCUUUUGACAUUACUUCAGCUAGGUUCAGAAGUUGUAAACAGAAUUGCAGAAUGGAAGGUAAAUUUGUUCAAUGCAGUUAUUUUAAUGGAAGACGACAAAGAAAAAGACCAGAUGAAGGACCUUGUGCAAGUAAUUUGCAAGUGGGAUUGGCGUAUAUCGGCGAUGGGACUAUUUGAUAUUAAGAAAUCUCUAGUUUGCAGUAUUGUAACUACAAUUCUCAGCUACAUUAUUCCAAUUCAAACUUUCGGAUAAGGGCAGAAAUCAAGAUUAUGGCAACGUUACCCAAGCCCAGUCUUCUAAUCCCAUCCUAAAAUUACCAAUAAUGUAAAAUUGAGUCAAUACUUACAAAAUAUAGCAGUCGUAAAUAAAUAAAUCAUUAAAA